AUGCGCAGCCGCCCCACGUACGGCGACGGCGUCCUCGCGGAGCCCCCGCACGCGUCGCGCCUCCUCUCCGCGGACGCGCAUCGAAAACCCUCGCGCGUGACGUGGCGAAUCGUCCGCCGCUUCCUCACGUUCGCCGCCGCGCUCGUCCUCCUCUGGGUCGCGAAGGUCCAUCGAGAGCGAGCGGUGAAAGCGACGCGGCGCGGCGCCGGCGCCGCGAAGAUGUUCCCGACCCGGCCGCGGCGGCCCAAGCCGACGCUGACGGAGGCGUCGAAGGCGGCGCGGGAGGCGGACACCGAGCUGAACCGCGCGUUGGCGCACACGGAGGCGCUGCGGAGGGCGCGGAGCGAGGGAACCGCGGCGCGCGUGAAUCGCUUGCCCGCUGAGGACGAGGGGACUUGA